UGCAACAUCAGGCCGGAAUCCAAGCUAAUUGAAGAAAUUGUCAACCAAAUCUCGAAGAAAUUGAAUGAUGUAUUUUCAGAUGAUGCUUAUGAUGAAGGGUUGAUAGGAAUUGAUAGCCGUGUCGAGGAUGCUAAAACAUUAUUAUGCCUCGGGCCAAUCGACGUGCGUGUUUUAGGGAUUUGGGGUAUGGGUGGUAUUGGCAAGAGCACAAUUGCUGGAAGAUUAUUUGAUCGAAUUUCUGGUGAAUUCAAUAUAAAAUGCUUUGUUACAGAUGUCAGGGAAAGAUAUAAAAAUGGUGGACCAGAUGGUGUAAGGCAGGAAGUUCUUCUCCAACUAUUUGGAAGGGAAACUUAUGAUGCAGGAAUUCCCAUUAUGCUUUCAUCUUCCAUUAUUAGGAAAAGGUUGUUUCGAAAGAAAGUUCUUAUUGCUCUCGACGAUGUGAGUGAUAUAGAGCAAAUAGAACUUUCAAUAGGAAAAACUGCUAUUUAUGGUGCAGGCAGCAGAUUUAUCUUCACUAGUAGAGAUAAACAGCUGCUUAGGAACAUGGAUGCUGAAAUCUAUGAAGUUGAAAAAUUAAAUGACUAUGAAGCCUCUUGGCUUUUUCGCUUCCAUGCUUUCAAGCAUGCUGUUUCAGGAAAAGAAUACAUUAUGCUUUCAAAAAGGGUGGUUAGAUAUGCCCAAGGCAAUCCUCUUGCCCUCAAAGUUCUGGGUUCUAAUUUAUACGGUAGAAGUUUAGAAGAAUGGGAGGAUGAAAUGGACAAGCUGGAAGUUACAUCUGACUAUAAAAUCCAAAGAAUAUUGAAGUUUAGUUAUGAUGGACUAAGCGACUUUGAAAAGGAAAUUUUUCUUGAUAUUGCUUGUUUCUUUAAAGGAGAAAAAAGAGAUGUGGUUGAAAAGAUGUUGGACGUCGCUGGUUCCAAAAUUGGAAUAAGUCGUCUAAUUGAUAAGUCACUUGUUUCUGAGGAAAACUGCAGGUUACUUAUCCAUGAUCUUGUACAACAAAUGGGCAUGGAUAUUAUUUUUGAGGAAAAUCAGCAAGGAAAACAUAGAAGGCUCUGGCAUCCUAAUGAUAUAUAUUACAUUUUGCAAGCGCCGAGGAAGCCACAAUUGUUUAUACCUGAAGCUAAUUUAUAUUGGUUUGCUAUUGUAAUUAAGCAGGGGAUAGAAGUGAAAGGGAUUUCACUGGACAUGUCCAGAAUCAGAGAGGUAGAACUAAGUCCUACUGCCUUCCAGAAACUGUAUAGACUUAGGUGGUUGAAGUUUUACUGUCCAGAACCUCAUGAAAGUAGAGUAUACAUCCCUGAGGGCUUAACAAAUCUUCCAUAUGAACUAAGGUUACUGCACUGGUGUCAAUACCCAAUGAAAUGUCUACCACUGAGUUUCUGUGCAGAGAAACUUGUUAAAAUUAUCAUAACUGGUAGCAAACUUGAAGAGCUUUGGGAUGGAGUUCAGCACCUUGGAAAUUUGAAAGUUUUGAAUCUUUCGAAUUCUAAGUAUCUAAUGAGAAUUCCAGAUUUGUCUAGUGCUGCAAAUCUUGACGUUCUAAAAUUAAGAGGAUGUGUAAGCUUGGUUGAGAUUCCCUCGACUAUUAAAUAUUUGAGCAAACUUUAUCAAUUGGAUCUAAGCUAUUGCCGACGUCUUUGCAAAUUACCCAGCUUCCUACAUUUGAAAAAUCUUGCAAUACUUUUUUUGUUUGGUUGCUCAAAAAUAAGGGAGUUUCCAGAGAUCCCGCCUAAUUGUAUGGGGAGUCUAGGUUUAAAUGAAACAGCAAUAGAACAAGUGCCCUCAACAAUUGGGAGUUUCAGUUGCCUUACUAAAUUGUGGUUGGCUUCAUCUCUGAGGCUUAAAACUCUCCCAGAAAGCAUUUGCCAACUUAAUUCUCUUCAACUUCUAAAUAUUGAUCAUUGCAUAAAUCUACACAACCUGCCAGGAAACCUAGGGAAUUUAGCAUCUCUAAAGCUGCUUGUGGCAAGUUGUUCUGGGAUAAGAGAAUUACCAUCCAGCUUAUGUAGACUAAAAAAACUUGCACAUUUAUCAGUUGAGAAAUGUGUAUAUCUCCAGAAGCUACCAGAAAUGUUGGGUAAUCUAGAAUCUCUAGAGGUGUUUGUUUUAGAUGGUUCUGGUAUAAAAGAAUUACCAGACAGCCUUUGCUUCCUGAAAAAACUUAGGCAUUUAUCAGUUGAGAAAUGUGUAAAUCUCCAGAAGCUACCAGAAAAGUUGGGAAAACUGGAAUCUCUACAGGUGCUUGUUGCAGGUGGUUCUGGUAUGAAAGAGUUACCAGAUAGCCUUUGCAGUUUGGAACAACUGACAAGUUUAUCAUUUGCCAAAUGUGUAAAUCUUCACAAUCUACCAGAGAAGAUAGGGAACUUGGAAUCUCUAGAGGUGCUUGUCGUUUGUGGGUCUGGUAUAAAAUGUUUACCAGACAGCUUUUGUCGUCUAAGAAGAAUCAGACGCUUAUCAGUUGAGAAAUGUGUAAAUCUCCGCUACCUACCAGAGAACUUGGGAAAUUUGGAGUAUCUAGAGGAGAUUUUUGCACCAAGUAGUGGACUGGAAGGAUUACCAGAAAGCAUAUGCAGUUUGAAAUAUCUUAGAGUUGUUAAUAUUGAUAAAUGCGUAAACCUUCAUGAACUACCGAGCAACUUUGGGAAUUUAGAAUCAUUGGAGAGGCUUACUGCGGCUGGUGCUGGUAUCAGACAUCCAUCAUCAUCCUUCAAUCAGUUGAACAAAUUAAGAACUUUAAGUUUUAGAGGAUGUGAAGGUUUGAUAAUCCCUACUUUGACAGGAUUCCCUCAUCUAGGAAUUGUAAACUUGGAGUGGUGUGGCCUGUCUGAAUUUCCUAAAAGCAUUUGCUUUAUAGCAUCUUUGAAGAAAUUGUAUGUAGGUGGAAAUAAUUUCGAGCGCAUACCUGAUAGCAUCAAGCAUCUUUCGCAGCUUGUAUCACUGCAUUUAUGUGAUUCCAGAAGACUCAAAUAUUUACCCGAGCUUCCAUUAUUAUGGAAAUUAUGCUUAAAUAAUUGCAUUUGUCUGGAAUCAGGAUCUUUACUUCAACUGCAGCGUAUUCAUGUUUUAGAAAUCGGUAACUGCAUCAAUUUGGAUCUGAAUAAUUGCAGUGCAAUUGUGGAACAUGUUUUGGGAAGACAUUGGGCUAGUCGUGAGGCUUUGCUUCUCCCUGGAAGUGAAGUACCGCAGUGGAUGGAAUAUCAGAAUAACAGUGGAUCUUCUUUGUCUCUGUCUUUAAGAGAAGUGGAACAGAUAAAAUCAAUAUGCUUCUGUGCUGUUUUAGAUCCAAAAGUUUUGCAUCCUUCUCAUGGUGCAAAAAUUGGGUGUACGGUACAUGCCAUAAACGAGUAUGUAGAUGACCAAUAUCGGUUUGUUUCGAAUUGGAAGAUCAAAGUGGAUUUUAGUUCAGAACAUGUUUUCUUCCGUCAAUUUCUUGCCUCCAUUCAGUUGAACAGGUCUCUGAAUAGUAGUGUGACCUUCGAAAUUUUUGUCGAAGACAUAAGUAAGACUCGCAUUCAGAAUGCGAUACUUAAGUGCGGGGUUCAUCUCCAGACAAAGAAUAAGUCUCCUUUAAAGACACACUGAUUACUAUUAAAAAUUGAUGGAUAGGGAGUUCAAAGUUCAAACUCAUAUUGACAACAGUGAAUGACACUCUGAUUCUUCUGGCGAGAAGAGCCCAUGAUCGAGAGGUAUCAUCCAUCCCAUUAGUCACUCAUUUUAUUUGGCUUGGAAAUAUUUCAUGGACAAAGAAACUGAGUAUUUGGUAGGCUAAUAUAAUCAAAAUUUUUAUUGAGAUUCAAUAGAAAAUUGCAUUGCAUUACGGUCUAACAGACAUUGCAUUAAUUCAUCAGACUUGCUGUGAGCAAUGGAUCUCAACACCAUUUUGCACUUAGCUGAACUUCACAUUACGCUGAUGGCUAUAGUUCAUCUCCUAGCUUUUCUCUCUAUCCCUGUAUGGAAUUGUUCGCAUUUGAAACUUUCCAAUGGAAGCAUAUUACAAAAGAGAUCAAAUCUUCCAUGUCAGUGAAUAGUAGACCUUAAUGACCUUGUCCACUGAGAUUAGUCAAAUUGUUUUUCAAGACAUGGGAUUUAUGAUUUUUUCUCUUUUUUUGCCCUUCCCCUCUGCAAUACUAGCCUUCAGACCCUGUAAGGCAAGAUUAAG